GCGCAAUCUCGCGAGUACAAGACUUCUAGACAUCUCCGCCUAACCUCGCAAUCCCUCCAUACGGUACAGUAGACUCAACGGACUCGGGUCCUCUUGAAGAAAUCCUGCUGUGGUCCCCGUCGCCCUCUUAACGCCUCUCGAUUCAGUAGAGAGCCAUGGACAUGUCGUCCACUAGCACUCCCUUCGCAGAUCAGGCAGGACCCAAUGGCCAUGAAUGUGCAACACUCCCUCAGCCCAAUGCUACUCAGCCAUACACCUUCGCGUUUGAGGCUACACCAGCGCCCUAUUUCAGGGGGAACAUAGACGUGAGGACGAUGGUCCCUGAAGUCUUGCUCGGUAGGCCGCCGGAGACUCCGAAGGAGGCAGUGCAUUGGUUGGAGUUGGGGUCGGAGUCUGAGUCGGGGGACUCAGAACAGCCGUGGGGCGAAGAAGAGCAGGAGAAGGAGGAGGGAGCGGAAGAGAUAGCCGAGGAUGACCACUCCUCUAGAGAUCCCCACUGGGACGAUGACAGAGAAGCACUCGAGGCGCAGAUCAAGCGGGACGCCGCAGGUCGCUUCUACCCUGAAUUCUACGUCAUGAGAACGAGCCCAGCGGUCCACGCUUCCGCAAAUACUAUUCUGGACACUUGCGAGGGAAAGGAAGUACUCGGAAGACUCAACGAGGCUGUUGACGCUGGGACAUGUCACGAGGCACAGAUUGCGGCGCAUGUCUGCACGCUGAGCGAGCUGAUACGUAGAUGCAUGGGCGCAGGAGCGUCAGAAUAUGGCAAGUUCGUAUCUGUCUCAAGGACUUGGUGGCCGGAAAGCAAGAGACGACUUUGUGAACCCCGAAGUCAGCGAGUUGGACAUCUUCGUGCAAGGAACAGAGCCUCACAGCUCAUCAGAAGAUGGGGACUUGUGCAAAUGGUCUCAUACCGUCUCAUUUGUCAAGAUCAAGACGAAAGACGUAUCUGAUUGGAAGAACAAAACGAUUCAACAAUGUCUUCGCUACGCGGUGAGUAUCGGCGGCCCACUUCUCGAAUCAGCGCCUCAUGACGUUCGUCAGCGUUGACAUCCAAUUUAUCCGGCCCUCCACCACGCCAUCAGCGAAAGAUCUUCCACUAUCGUCCGGUGCUCUCCCAUUUGCACUUCGUGACUUGGUGUGGGCAUACCGUGCGACUCUG